UUAUUUUAUUUUAUUAUCAUAAUAUAUCCAUAAGUACUCGAGUUAACGUAUUUUGAAAUUAAAAAGGGAAAAAUAAAUAAAUGGCGACCAUCAAAUUUAAAGAACCAUCGCCUUAUUUGAAAGCUCGUCCAAACCCACCUGCUGAAGAUUAUUUGUAUAAAGUGUUUGAAAGUGAUUUGAGUUUAAAAUGCGAUUCAAGUGAUGAUCUGAUAGUGAAAGCUGCAAUUUUUGGAGUAGGUCGUGCUGGUACAAUUCAUUUAUCAAACAUCGUACAUAAUCCUCGAAUGAAACUUUUAUAUGUUGUUGAUGAUAUUGAAGCUAAAUGGCCAAAAAUAAAGAAACAUUAUCGUUUAAAUGACGUUAUUUUUCUCAACAGUAAACAAGCAGAUAAAGUUUUUAAUGAUCCCGAGGUUGAUGUAGUAAUAGUAACAUCGCCAACUCAUACUCAUGAAUUAAUAGUAACAAAAUCGUUGGAAAAACGUAAAGCUGUUUUUUGUGAAAAACCAGUGGCUGAAAAUCGUGAGCGUACUGAAAAAUGUUUCGAGGCCGCAAGAAUGGUUGGGAAACCUCUUUUUACGGCAUUUAAUCGACGAUUUGAUCCAAGCUACAAUGAAGUGAGAAAUCGAAUUAGAAAUGGACAAGUUGGACAUGUUCAUACAAUUAAAAUUGUGUCACGUGAUUCGCCUAUGCCUUCAAUUGAAUAUCUUAGAGAAUCGGGGGGUAUUUUUCAUGAUUGUAUGGUACACGAUAUUGAUCUAAUGACAUGGAUACUGGGAGAAUUUCCUAUAAAGGUUUCAGUUCAAGCAACUGCUAAUGUACCGGAAAUAGCGGCAAUAAAUGAUUACGAUACUGUUGUUGCAACAUUAAAAUUUCCAUCCGGCACUCUAGGAGUAAUUGAUCUCUCUCGUAAUGCUCCAUACGGUUAUGACAUGAGACUUGAGGCAUUUGGACCCAAAGGAAUGGUCCGUGCCGAAAAUGAACAACCUAUUCAUUCCGUUGAAACAAUGUACAACUACAAUGGCCCUAAUAGACCUCCUAUUUGGUAUUCAUUCCCUAGUCGUUUUCGAUUGGCAUAUCUUCGAGAACUUGAUCAUUUUAUAGAUAUCGUACUGGGUAAAUGUGAAAUGAGUGUAAAACCAAAAGAAAAUUUAGCUGUUUGUAAAAUUGCUACAGCUAUCGAAGAAUCCGCGCGUACUGAAAAAAUGAUUGAAAUUAAAUGGUAUCACGAUGAACUUCCAAACUAAAUUUUAUUAUAGUUUGGAUUUAAUUAUUAUUUUUAAAAUAAAAUUAAUCUAUCAACAAUAAUCAUUUUUUAAAAUUUAUAUUUUAUGAUAUACUUAUAUUGUAUAUACUUAUACAUUUAGUUAUUUAAAUUUUCAAUUCUUUGAAAAAAUAACAUUAAGCAAGAAAAAAAAAUGA